GAUGGCCGAUGCACUUUGCCCGUGAUCUCACGCAUCUUUCGCUUCGCGGUCUGAGCCUCGACGAUCCUGAAGUCUACCAAAGGUUCCUUGACACUCUCCACAUCGCUCGCGACUUAGAGGUCCUAGUUGUGAAAUCCCAAGACAAUCCGCAUGAAAUUCAGACUUCGCUCAUCGGCAUCGCCCCAGUACGCUUGGAACACCUUCGGACACUUGCGAUCGACAUGACCACUCGGAAACGAGUUGCCAAGCUUUUAUCACACAUUUCCCUUCUGUCAACUACAAGUGUUGUCAUCAAAUGGGACGACAUGGAUGACCAUCCAGACAGGUUCUUCCCCCCAGUGCGCUCACAAUUGUUCAAUAUCCGGGACCCCAGUGAACUUCUGCUUCUUUGGGAGUCCGGCGACUAUGCAUUCCCGUUAAUCAAGAGCGGAGCAAGCGUAUUACCUGUUUUCGCGACGACGGCGGUGGCGAUCGAUGACCUUCCUCGCUAUCUACGUACUUUGGGCUACAUAUUCAACCUCAAAGAGCUUCGUCGUUUAUCAUUCUACAGUCGAGACUACGGUGAUCCUCGCGACUACGAACCCUCAGUCUGGCGAAAAAUCCUCGUGUCUUCCGAAGCUCGAGUCCAUCCACUUAUACAAUUAUCACCCCUUCACUUUGUUGACUGUUCUGUUGGGCUGUGACGUGGCCAGUGCGCCGGAACAUCCUGGGCUCAUGCAAAUGGGAGCAGAGUUCAAUAGAUUGCAGGACGAGACAGAAACUGCAGACAGAGCAGCCACCAAGAUGCAGAAAGAAUAUGAAGAAGUUGAGAUGGACGGUUCGAACCCUUGGAAUAUGCUUCCACCUCUUGACCCUCAUCUCCGUCACCGUCAUUUCGUCCGUUUAACGAAGCCAUUGGACGUUCCGCUUCAUGGCCAGCCUGCCAAAGCACGAAUAGCCUAUGGGUGUCAAUGGCGAUAUGGUACUUCAGGCGGUCAUCAAAUGUUUGUGGAGACGUCAGUUGUUCUCAAAUCUUCGGUCAACGAUCCUAAGAUGACUAUGACUCCGAGAGAAGACAUGGAUUCGAUUAAGGCUUGGUGCCAGCAGUGGGCUGUUUACUUUCGGACAUACCUCAUUGUCCCUUCUUUGUUGGUCGCGCCCUUGGACAAUAAAUAAGCUCCCGAUGGUAGACGUGACGAGAAUGCUUGAGAAGGUCAGGAUAAUCUGGGCUGGGACAUAUGUUCAAUUCGCACGAGUGAGCUUUCAUAUCGCCCGGUAUUUUCUUGUCGAAGUACUACAUUCAAUAGGUAAAAGAAUUCUAGUGCUUUCGAAUUUGAACGCAAUUCGUUCACGUUGGUCUAGCUGGC